AUGAACGGCAAGAAGUACGACAUCAUCAAUCCUGCCACCGAGAAAUUGUCAGCGAUCAUCUACGCAGCAGAUGCUGAAGAUGUUGCCAUUGCUGUCAAGGCCGCUAAACUUGCGUUUCCAGCCUGGACAGAGUCAGGAGCCCUGGCACGCGUGGGUUAUCUUUUCAAGCUUGCCGACGCCUUGGACAAGCAUGCCGACGAACUCGACUACCUGCACGUUAUUUGCAUGGGAAAGCCUAUAGGCAACUCCUCAUCCUCAAAACGAGCAAAAGUGCCCCCCAUAGACCAUCUCUACCAGGAGAUCAACUUACCCAAGGGCAUGCUCAAUAUCCUCUCGAGAAUCGGUCAACCAUACUAUGAGGCGCUCGCCAAAUACAUGGACAUCCCAAAAUUGUCCUUUACAGGGUCCCAACCCACUGGCUGCGCCAUCAACAAGGCGGCCGCCGAUUCCAAUCUCAAGAAGGUCACCUUGGAGCUCGGCGGGAAAUCACCUCUGAUUAUCUUUCCCGACGCCGACCUGGCUUAA